UAAUCGGAAGCUCACUACUAGACCCAUUAAAAGAAAAAAAAGCUCUGCAACGACCAAAUUGAGGAACGACGAUGGCGACGAAUCUCCACAAACUCUCCCCUCAAAUCCACCGCGUAUCUCCAUUUGCCAGAUCCCUAAUCUUCCGCACCUCCGCAACAUCUGCCCCUGUCUCUCCGUCAUUAGGAUCGAGAAAAGUCGCCGACCGAAUCGUCAAGCUAUCAGCGAUCGAUGCGGAUGGAUUCAAGAAGGAAAUCAUUGGGCUCUCUGGCCAGACUCUCCUUCGCGCGCUCACUCACACUGGUCUGAUCGAUCCGGCGUCGCAUCGGUUGGAGGAUAUCGAUGCUUGCUCGGCGGAGUGCGAGGUCCAGAUCGCAGAGGAAUGGCUCGAGAAGCUCCCGGCGCGUACGUACGACGAGGAGUAUGUGCUGAAGCGUAACUCUAGGUCCCGUGUCCUGAACAAGCACUCACGCCUUGGCUGCCAAGUUGUGUUAACGCAGGAGCUCCAAGGUAUGGUCGUCGCCGUCCCUGAAGCGAAGCCUUGGGAUAUCCCGUAAGUUGUUUACAAAGGCCUCUCUGAUGUUGUUUUCGUUCUCAAUUUGGGCAAUAAUUCGAUUUGGAAAAUUCGAUACUUUGCAGAUAAUGGAUUUGAAUCUGUAAUCUUCCUUUACAACUUCCUUACUUUAAAAUUUUUGUAAUGUGGUAAAGAACUUGCUUGUUUAAACUAUUCCCUGCUUCAAAAAUGGGUUGCCUUGCUGCAAUUGAAUGUUGCUUUAUU